AUGAUAAAUAACCAAAAUGAAAUGAUUUAUUUUGAAGAAAAUGAUAUUACGUCAGUAAGUUUAAAUAAAAGAAAAGGUUGUUCACUUCAAAUAGGAUAUACUACAUAUUCUGAUAAAAUAACUACACAUGUUCAUAUAUUAAUUUGUGCAGGAGAAACGUUAGAAAUAUGUUAUUUAAAUGAAAAAGCAGGAGAUUUAAUACCAACCCUUGUAGAUGGGUUUUCAUUGUAUAUUAAUUCAGGUUAUCCAACAAUUGGUGUAGAACCAUUUAAAGGACAAACACCACAACUUCUUUCAUGGAGAUUAAAUGGAGAAUUAUCAUUAUUGAAUUUGGGAUAA